AUGGAUGAUGAUCAGCAAGGGGUACACUUCUACCAAGCGCUAGUGGCUCAAGGAGUUCUUGAGGAGGACCCUGAAGAAAACCCCGAAGGGGGCCCUGCCAUGGGUCAACAGGUGGGACCCGAAGUGGAACCGGGAAAGUAUGUGGUAACUGAUUACGAAUACGACGAGUCUGACCGGGAGUCAGAUGAAGGAAAGGAUGUUGAGGAGGCGUGCAAUGAACCCCACCUAUCGAAAGCCCCAUCAGAUCCACACAUGGUUCAGAGGGGUGAUGCAUACCAUUUACGCUCUCUUGAGGAAGUAAUAACAAAUCUCAAGCGUCAACUCUUUAUGACCGAAGCAAGGGCUGUACUAGCCGAGCAAAGGGUUGAGGUAAUCACCCAAGAGGCAAAUGAACUGGCUGAACUUCUGAUACGUCAGCUCGACGAUUGA